UGGACCAGAAGUAUGUGAUUUUCUAUGCAGCGGCACUGAUACCUCCAGCAUAUCAAAAAAUAGUUUCUGCAACUCAACUCUUCACCCAAAUGGCAAUCUAAAAUUAUAAAAAAAUAAGGAAACUAUAGUCUGUAAUAAGAAGAUAAGCUUACGGGUGCGAGACAUGGGAUUAUGAAUUGAUAAAAGUAGGUUUAUGUUGAGAAGGAUAAGCAGGCACUUCAGAGGCCACAUCUUUCUUUCUGGGUUUCUGUGGAGCAAUGGGCAGUAAAUUCUCCAUUAUAGCAGUUACUAGUUAGCUAUAGAAGCCCUCUAAAGUAAAUAAAUCGAUUCAAUUGUAAGAGGAAUUCAAAGAAGGAAAGUUGACACCAUUUAAGUCUUGACAUUCUUAGCUCUAUGAUAUUCUUAAGAAAUUAAGAAAUAAUUUUAAACAGAAUUUAUUUCUGACUUUCAUUAUCCUAAUAAUAUACAUGUUUUUAUUAUAAAAUAAAAUGGAAAAGUUUCCGCGUUUGAACAGUUGCUAUUGAGAAUUUGUGAAUGUUGCGAAUUAUUUGCGUAGCCCCUUUUGGCAAAGAUCAGAUUGUGUGACGACAGAGCAGAUUCUCACGCUCCUCUAGUUGGCGUUCGCUCCAGUUGGUGUUUACUUUGCCAAUAUUGUCGCCGAACCCAGAAACCGACUCGGCUUGGGUAUAAAUAGCUUGGGAUUAACUCCAGAACAGCAUCAGUUGAUCACAUCCGGUAAUCAACUAGCAUCGAGAUGAAGUUCACCCUGGCAUUCGUGCUCCUGGCCAUCCUGGCAUGUGUCCUUGUUGACCAAGCCACCAGUGCCACCACCUCCACCACAACUACCACUGAAGCGACCACAACCACCACUACUACCACUGCUUCAUCGGACUCCACCACCACUACCACAGAGUCUUCGGAUUCUACCACCACCACCGAGUCCUCCUCGUCAUCCAAAAAGAAGCACAAGGUCCACUACAAGCGGAAGAUCAAGCGUGGCAAGAAGAUCAGAACUCGCCGCAGGAACAGGAACAGGAACAAGAGCAAGAAGAAUAAGAGCGGUUAAGGGUUACGACUCCUGGAAACCAUCAUCGAUUCUGAUCCAAAUCCUCUACCGAAAAUGGCUUUAAAGUACCUAACUACUAAACUAUCCUGGCAUUAACAAAACACCAAAAAAAAAAUACAUAGUUUUUUAAGAAAAAUAAAAGAGAGUUCCUAA